CCAAGAGAAAAUUACUUUAAGGAGUUUAACCACUCAGAAUGGUCACUUGUCGGUUUCUUGAGGUGGAGGUCACAAUACUCCGAUUUCUGUGACAAGUCAACCGAACAUAGCGCAUGGAAAAAGCUUAUUAUCGACAUUGCCGGUAAUGCCAACGUAUAUGGACACCCUGCGUCGGAAAGAGCUUAUAAAUUGGCAUCUGAUUUUAAGGAUGCCUCUGUUUAUUGCUGGACACGUUUGGAUUGGUCCCUGUGCCAGCCCAAUGCUUUAACAGACCAUGAAUUUCAGUAUUCUAGUAGGAUGCCUCUGUCUAUUGCUAGACAAGCUUGCUUGGUUCCUAUGCCAGGCCAAGUGAUGGUCCCCGUGCUUUGUCUAGACGACAAAGAAUCAGAAGUAGUACUGAAGUUUUGGGAUGAAUAUCAUAUCUUAGGAAAUAUCAUAAAGGAGACCAGACGACGAAUGGCGAUUUCUGAUCUCAAAUACGCUGUCAACAAAUCUGAAGAAGCGUCAGUUCAUUCCAGUGUAAUUGGAGAAAGGCGAUACAAUAUUCUGCAAGAUAGUCCAUUUUUUGGACCUUCUAUGAAGCGUAAAGACUCAGAAAUUCCAGACUUGAAAGAUCCAACAGAUCCAUUGUUUAAUAACAAUAGCUCAAAGAAAUCACGCUAUAAGAAAGAUGAGGAUGAAGAAGAGUUGAAGUGUUUCACGAAAAAUUCUUAUGAAACUAUUGAAGAUACACUGGUGAGCCAAAUUGAUAAAGAGUUGACUCAAAUUGAUAACGAGUUGAAUAAUGCACUGGCGAGUCAAAUUGAUAACGAAGAGGAAAUGGAGUUGACUAAUGAAGAUUUCGAAGAAAGAUUAAACGCUGCAGAUAUCAUCAACAUAAGUGAUAAUAAUUCCUUAAUAAAUAAACUUUUUGACGAACUAAAAGCAACUGCUCAAUCUCAAUCUUUGCCUCGCAAUAAUGUUGAUGGGCUUAAAGAAUGGAUUAAAAAAAUUUACACAUUGCAAGCCGGACAUGGGGAAAAACUCGAUUGGUUAAUGGAUGAGAACACAUACACAUCUACGAUCGUGUCUCCUGAUUUUGAGAUUUUGAAGUUAUGCUUUCCGAAUUUGUUUAUUAGCAGAUGGAAUGAAAACGAAGUUCCUUCAUCUAAAUGGCGUCGUAGAUUGAUCUACGGUGUUGCUUCUGCACGUAAGGCAGAUGGCAUUCUUUUUAAUUAUGACAAUGUUGACCAAGAGUUCUUAAUCUUUGAGAACAUCGGCCCACCAUCAAAGAUAAAGAAACCCAAAUAUUAUGCGGAUCUUUUAAAGUGCUUUCGAAACUCUGUGGACGCAAUAUGUAAAACUUUUUGGAAUGGAAAUGGAGACGUAGAAUUGGCAAAGAAAUAUUACGUAUUAGCAUAUGUGUUGCACGGGAAGGAAGGCGAACUGUUUAGAUUGAACUUAGGUGCUCCUAAAACAUUUGUCGCAGAAAAGAUACCAAAAGUCAAUUACUCUUUUGAGUAUGCGACCUUCCCUAGUAUUGUCGACAUUAUUGAUCUCCUUUUCACUGUUAAGGCUGUAUUCGAAUCCAACCAAGACGUUUUUCAUGAUUACACCAUGUCAUGUAUGGAAACGACUACACAAUUUACACCAGUUCGGGAGUGGCUUAGUUUAAAUAGAGACAGUCUUUGA